AUGUCCAAAAGACUUUAAGAUCGUGUGAUGUUAAAGAAUUCAAAUCCAAAUUACUUAUUAGAUUCAAAUUAUCUUGAUAGGAAAAAACAAUUCAAUUUUAAUAUUUAUGACCAAUAAUCAUCAGCUGAACGUAAAUCUACUGAUACUGGAUUGGGAAAAUAUUACAACUCAUAUUACUAAAGACCUAUUCAAUAAAGAUCACCUGAUGAAUAUAAACCUUUUACUAAUCAUUAAUUAAGUAAAAUACCUUCUUUCUUGAAUUUUGAUAAAGAUGAUAAACUUAAACGUUACCCUUCGAAUGAAAUUUAACAAUAAGUCAAUUCAUUUUAAUAUUUUCCAAAAUAAUAAUAUUCAUCUAUGCAUGAUAGAGAAUAAUCUUAAAAAAAGAAAUUUAAUUUUAUUGAUAUGGUUUAAGUUUAGAAAAGAUAAUAAAGUCCAACUAUUUUUACAAAAAAAUAAAGUCUUGUUGAUGUAGAUAGAACAUGGAUGUUUACUAAUUAAUAAUAAAAUUCCUUUUUUAGUCCUAAAAAUAAUGAAUAACCAAAAUUAUCCAAAAAUGCUAGUGAUUAUAUUUCAAAUUAUCGUCCAUUUACUGCUUUUGAAUAAUAAAAUGAUAAAAAUUUAUCAAGAAAUCAAUCAUAAAAAUUUCAACCUUAUUUGAAUAAUAAUUCAAAAUUUGAUAUUGAAAAACUAAGAAUGGAAUUGGAAUAGUAUAAAAGAAAUAAUAAAAGUAGAAUUGGAGAUGGAAUUUCCUUUUUUAAAAAUAAAGAAAAUAAUAAAGAUUAUUCAAGUAAUUAUAUAAGAAGAGAUGUUUCCCCUAAAUUAAACUUUAACUAUAUUAAAUCAAAAGGUAUUGAUUUAUAUAAUAAUAUAGUUGAAGAUCAAAAUAAAGAUAUGUUGUUUAAUUAUAAAUAAUAAAAGCAGAUUUCACCUUAGAAAUAAGUUUAAAGUUUAAAAGCUUCAAGAUCAGAAAAGAUAGAAUUAGGAAAUCCUAAGAAACAACCUUUUUAGUUAAUAAACCCUAAAAAUGAUUAAUAAGGAAUUUUAUCAGAUAAUCAAAGAUACUUAUAAGAUCGAAGAAAAACCCCAGAAACAAAUAGAGUAGAGGAGUUAAGAAAAUAGUUAUAUAGUACUUACAAACCAUCUAAUAGAGAAUUAUUUUUUGAAUCACUUAAUAAAUCUACACCAUACAAUAAGAGUAAAAAUUGAAUAUAAUAUUAUAGUUGCAAAUUAGAGAGAAUAAAACUAACAAUCAUCAAAUAAUAGAGAGAAAGAUUAAAUAAAAUACAAAUUAGAUAAAAAAUUCAUGUGA